GAAGAACUUAUAGCAUCGACCCCAUCUUUGCAACCCAAUUUCAAGGCCAAAGGAGGCAUCACCCAAACCCAGCUUUCCAAGUUCCAUGUAACCAACCUCAAGGGGUUGGCUAAAGUGGUAAGGACCUUAGUCUUGGUGGCAUUCCCAUCCUGUCUAAAGUUCGAAUCCCCUUGAGUGCAAACAAUUCUUUGGGGCUAGCCUGCCGGUGAAGAUGAAGUAUUACCAAUCAGUGUGGAGCUUUCCACAUGUCCGAGGUUUAUUCGACAGUGGAAUUGCACAAGAGGCGUUUACAGAUAAAGUCGAAAUCAAAGAUUAAGAAGAAAUCAAAAGGAAUUGCAGAUGGGAAUGGAAAAUCUCACAGCAAAGACCGCAGUGUCCUAGACUGUGUAGACGCAGACUCAACUAUAUCAAUUGAAGAGUCAAGUGUUUCCAACUCUGAAAGCCACAAUAACACAGAUAGUUCCUCCUUAAAGCAGAACAAUGUAGCAGCUCCUCUUGCAUUAAAGAAGCGCCAGAAGUUACAUUGGGGGCUUGACACAAAGGAAAGGUGGGAAAGGAAAGCUAACAUGUAGAUAAUUGCUGUGGAAAGGAAUGGUGAAACGCUCUGAAGCUGGUCUUUUGAGCUAAGAUAUGGCAGAUGCUUUGCAUGUUUCUUUUGGCUAGCACAUAUAGCUGCAUGUUGAGAGAACAUCAACCUGCAGGCUGAUAUUACCAGUUAUAUAAUCAGGAGUAUCGCCUUCUCUAUCAGCUGCUGCCAAGAACAUACGGAAAGCACCCACUUUUGGUUAAAUAUGUCACGCUUUUGCUUCAUGUCUAAGGUUUUCUUUGAAAUCUAAUUUAUUGUGGCUUCAUGUGUUGCUUUUAGGAAUUGGAAAGCAGUGUAUUUUAAUUUUUUAUCGCCUUUUGACGGCUCACAUGAAACAACCAAAACCUCUUGAUAGUUUUGGAAGUUUUAGUGCCU